GGAGAACAGGAAAGUAGGGACCAUGUGAAAAAAGGGAGCCUAGCUGGGUUUAUCCCCCCCUUCACACUCCCAUUGCAAACACACAGAGAGUGGGGAGACAAUCGAGCACAGACCUGCUAUUUUAUAACUGGGGUCUCUGACGUAUGGCUGAGUGUUUCCUGGCAGAGAUCUUUAUGGACCAGUAGGCAGAUCGAAACUAAAGCUGACACGACUUUGUGCAUUUUGGAAAGGAGCGUAAUCUACUGUAGUGAGGAACAGAGCCACUCAAUCACUGCGGCGGCAAAUAGGAGACAGAAGGGAAGGAAGAAAGAAGGAAGAGAGACUCUUUGCUGGGGGCGGGGAGUGAGAGCAUUUUUGGUGGAUGGUAUAAAGCCAGCCAUGGAAACUGCAGCGGAGGAAACUACAGAACAAAGCCAAGAGAAAAAAGUGAUCACCAGACCAGAAAUGGAAAUUGGCAGGUACCAAUGGAUGUACAGGAAUUCAAGGCUACACCAGUACCAUCAUGUGCCAGCAUUGAGAGGCAAUGUUAGUCCUUUGGGGAUUCAAGGUUGCUUUGAAUGUUGUAUUAAGUGCCUGGGAGGAGUUCCAUAUGCUUCCCUUGUGGCAACUAUUCUCUGCUUCUCUGGAGUAGCAUUGUUCUGCGGCUGUGGUCAUGUGGCUCUCGCCGGGACCGUAUCGAUCCUCGAACAGCGUUUCUCCACAAAUGUUACUGACCAUGCUUUGUUAUCUGAAGUAAUAAAACUAAUGCAGUAUGUGAUCUAUGGCAUUGCAUCGUUUUUUUUCUUGUAUGGAAUUAUCCUGUUGGCGGAGGGAUUUUAUACAACAAGUGCUGUGAAGGAGCUGCAUGGUGAAUUCAAGACAACCAUCUGUGGCCGCUGCAUCAGUGGAAUGUUUGUUUUCCUGACCUACGUACUGGGGGUGGCCUGGCUUGGCGUCUUUGGCUUCUCAGCUGUGCCAGUCUUCAUGUUCUAUAACAUAUGGUCAACUUGCGAAGUCAUCAGAUCACUCCCAGCAAAUAUGACAGCUUCAGCAGACCAGAUCUGUGUGGAUAUCAGGCAAUACGGUAUCAUCCCUUGGAAUGCUGUGCCUGGCAAGGCAUGUGGGUCAGCCUUAGCAGAUAUGUGCAGCACCCCUGAGUUCUAUUUGUCUUACCACCUGUUCAUUGUGGCAUGUGCUGGAGCUGGUGCUACUGUUAUAGCCCUGAUACACUUCCUCAUGAUACUGUCCUCUAACUGGGCCUACUUAAAGGAUGCGAGCAAAAUGCAGGCUUACCAGGAUAUCAAAGCAAAAGAAGAACAGGAGCUUCAGGAUAUCCAGUCUCGGUCCAAAGAGCAACUCAAUUCUUACACAUAAAUGUUUGCCAGAAGAAUUUUGUAGCUCUGACAAAUCAUCAAGCGGCUGCUCUGCAGAACAGAUGCAUGUCCAAGCAAAUGCAGAAGUAUAAAAACUUCACAUUCAUGCUCCUGGGCCAUGAUCAUAGGGAAAAUUUGCAGUGGAUAUCCUCCAUUCCUUUAGCACUGCGAUGGGGGGUGGGGAGGGAGGGGAGAGAGGUUGUCUCUAGGCCACUUUAGAAAAACAUGUUACCAAGUCAAGGAUCUUUAUGGAUAUUUCUUGGCAAUUAUAAAAGAAUUACUGAAGGAACAUGCUCCUUUCAAAACAGGCUACCACAGUUGGUAUCCAGCCCUGCAAUGACUAAAAGAUUUUAAAGGCUGUAUAUAAUUACACAGAUGUAAGUAACUAAGAUUCUAGUAUGACUAGAUAGCUAUUCCCUUUCUUCUGAAUACUGAUAGUUGUGCUUAUUUGAUACGGUUUCAGGAAGUUACAAAUAAUCUUUUUCAGUCUCUGUCAAAAUUAAAACUGGAUUUUUUGGACUAAAUGCCAGAAGUGUUAUUUUCUGAGCCACUCCCUUUUCAUUGAUGCUGUAAUGAGCCACUGUUGUUCUACUGCACUUACCAGAGUAAGCUGGGUGCUGUUGCCCAGUUUGUUUUCUUUUAAUUUUAUACCGUUUGAUGGAAUGUAGACAAACCCUUGGAUCAGGAUAAUGAUCUCCUUCUCAGAAAAUAAAUGUCAGCUUUGCCUUAAUAUUUAUUUUCUAUAAAUGUCUGAAGCAUUUAUAUAGCAGUGGGAGAUCAUUAUCAUGUAUUUUAUCAAAGCAGAAAGUGUUACCUAGUUGAAAUUAUACUGAUAUAAUUGUUUCAAGUGAGCAGAUAACAAUUUGUAGAACUUAAAAACCCAUAGCCAUACAGAGCACAGGUCAACCACAUGUCUCAAUUUUGGUGCUCAGCACGUUUAUAGACAGUGCUUAUUUGUUUUCUCUUUUAAGAAAUUUGGUGUUCAGUAAAAUAUUGGGUGCCAUUUUAAAAGUGUUUCCCACAAAAUCUGCCUUCUAACAUUUUCAGAAACAUUGAGUGCUAGCUUGAGUACUAGUGAUGGUAUCUUUGGUGUGCUUUUUUUUUAAAAAAAAUAAAUGUUGGAGAAACUAAGUACAUCAGUGAAUUUUAAAUCAGUAGAAAAGUCAAGUCACACAUCCAUGUUAAUGUGUGGUUUGAUUAGUUUUGAACGUUUGCUGAAUAUUAACAUGCUCCUGUAGAUCAUACAGAAGUGUAUAAAGAUAAAGGAAGCACAUGUUUCUUUAGAAAGUUUUUAAAGGAAAAAAUAUUAAUGUGGAAAAAACUUCAGGUAUUACCUUGCAUUUGAGUUUGUUACAUGCCUAAUCUGACUUUCUUUUUAAAGAGGCAAAAUCUAUAUAGAGCAGAUAAAAAAUAGCUUAGUGUUUGUUUUUACCUGUUGCAUGAAGGAAACAAAUUUCUACAGCAAUGCAGGUGAUGUUCUUACUAGUCCAGUGUUUGCAUAAAGGUAAUGGACAGUGUCUUAAAGCCUAAUUCUUUUCUAAUUCUAUGUAGCUAUUUACUGGGAGUUUUUUGAAGUUUUGUUUAAGUAGUCUAAUAUUUUUUAUGUAAAGAGCAUUAAAUUUUGCUAUGUAUAAAUUUUUGUAACCUAACCGUGAAUCAAUAUUUUCUAUCAGUGCCAAGGGCUUCCUGUAGUUAUAUCCAAGUGUUACAAUAAAUAUUUGUAGAUAAUAGAACCAA